GAGAUCGAGAAAGUGUGUCGAAAAUUUUUAGCUCUAUCGGCAGCGUAAUUUUUUUAUUUAUUUUGGUUCUAAUAAAAUCGUUGAUGUUUACGAUUGUGAAAGUACACCUUAAGGAACUUUGAAAUCGGAAUCUGAAGUUACUAGUUAAAGAACUGCGGUGAUGACUUCUGAGAGUGCAAAGCAACUUCAAUGCUAUAAUAGAUCCUGUGGUCAAGUGUUUGAUCCUGAUAAAAAUACUCCUGAAUCAUGUUUGCAUCAUGUUGGUAUACCUGUUUUUCAUGAUGCGUAUAAAAAGUGGUCUUGCUGCGAGAAGAAAACUACCGAUUUUACUGAAUUUUUAAAUAUCAAAGGCUGUACAAGAUCUUAUCAUAGCAAUGUAAAGCCUCCUGAACCCCCAAAACCUGCAAAGGAGAAAUGUGAAGAACAGAUGAACUCAAUUCCAAAGCCACUGGAACAGAAAGAAAUUGUAGUGAGGCCUGAUGUUAAUCUACCCACUGUUAUACUUCCUUUUUCCAUUGGUGCAUCUUUAAAACCAAUGCUAGAGAAAGUUCAGAAGGAAAUAGUGCAAGAAAUAGGCGAUGAAAAUGAUGCUGUGAUCAAGAUAAAUACCCCUUGCCAUAACAAAGGUUGUCGACAGGUGUACAAAGGUGAACACAGCAACUCUGAAACAUGUUUGCAUCAUUCUGGAAUACCAAUUUUUCAUGAAGGAAUGAAAUACUGGUCAUGCUGUGUUAAAAGGACUACGGACUUCGAUAGCUUCCUUGAGCAGAUUGGAUGCACGACUGGAAAGCAUAAAUGGGUGAAAGAUAAGAAUGUUGAAAAUGUCACAAAAUGCAGGUAUGAUUGGCAUCAAACUGGCAAUUCUGUUGUCAUUUCCGUGUAUUCUAAAUGCCCGUUGCCAGAAUUAUCCUUUGUAAAGGCAAACCCUGUGAAAUUACAAAUUCAUAUAGUAUUUGGAAAAGAAAAGAACAUAUUCGAUGAAGAAAUAGUUUUAUUUGGAAUCAUCGAUGUCGAGAAUUGCUCCGUCAACUACUUGGGCAGCAAAGUAGAAAUAAAAUUGAAAAAGUCUGAACUUGUUGCAUGGAAAGAUCUCCCUCUGAAAGAUAAAAUUGCAAACUUUAAAAAUAUGACACUCCAUGAUAAAUGACACUGAUAUUAGGCAUACAUUGGAAUUUUUUGCAUCCAAUCAUCUGUAUUUUGUUUUAAUGUUUGUUAAGUUUUAUUUCAAAAAGGAAAAAAAAAAUACUUAAUUUAUUGAAAACAUUUUUAAUGGCAAUCUUGUUACUUUUUCAAUAAAUGUUUUGGA